UAACUAAAAAAAAGUUAAGCUUAAAAUUAUAAAUGUCUCUAUGGGACCUAAUACACAGAGAAACAAUUAAACUGAUAGUGGACAUAUAUUGAUAAUUAUACAUAUAUUUGUUGUAAAGCAGCUAGCAAUGUUAUACCAGUAUCUACCUUAAUAAAUUAUGUUAAGAUCAUAAACCGAUGGUUUCUGAUGCUUUGUUGUACUGUAUUAGAUUUUUAAAAUCCAAUAAAAGCUACCUCUUAACUUCUGGCUUAAAGAAAGGAAGGCUAUGUCCUUACCAAUGCUAAAUGAGCAUUUACUUUUCAACCUUUUUUCCCUCCAAGAGUUCCUUCCACCCCCUUCUUCAAUACUUCGCACUGCCUAUGAACACACUCAGAAAGCUAUUGAAUGUGUUGCUUAGCAAUGCAGCAUUUUCAACCCCUCACCAUCUCCAAAGAUUCAGCAACUAGGCCAACCCUCUCCAUUAGAUGCUUGACAAAGAGUUAGUGGAUUCAUCCCUCCCUUUUUCUCUUUCUUCACACAAUAAACUGUAGUUUAAAAACAAAAUCUCGGUCAAGUCAGUCAUGCGAAUAAACUUACUCGCUGCUCUUAAAAUUAUUAGCCGGAAUCAAAAUAUGAUCCUUCACAAAAUAGAAUUGCUACCCAUGUUUAUAUUCUGACAGCAAAUCAGUCUUCAUUUAGUUACACAGCCAUUACCUUAGAAAAGAAAAAUGAAGAGAAAGAAGAGAAGAGAAGAGAAGAGAAGAGAAGAGAAGAGAAGAGAAGAGAAGAGAAGAGAAGAGAAGAGAAGAGAAGAGUAGGAGAAACAAAGCCAUCUGAUGAUAUAUAGAGGAAUAUUUUUUUAAAAUUUAUAAUACUACAGUAUAUAUUACUAAGUAAAAAAAUUUAAAUUGUUCUCUUUCCAGCGCAACUGAGCUACAAUUUUAUAAUUUGAAGGCAGAGAAGCAAACGAAGGCAGAGAAGCAAAAGGAGAAAGUGAGUGCAGCUGAAAGCAAGUAAGUAAAAAAUGCUUGGGGGAGGUGAGAGCUCAGGGGAAGUGCCAGGAUCAGCGCUCCUCUCCACCUGAUCGGUGCUUCUCCGGGGCCAUGAGGGCUCAGGGGAAGCACCAGGAUCAGCGCUCCUUUCCACCUGAUCAGCGCUUCUCCGGGGCCGUGAGGGUUCAGGGGAAGUGCCAGGAUCAGCGCUCCUCUCCACCUGAUCGGCGCUUCUCCGGGGCCAUGAGGGCUCAGGGGAAGCGCCAGGAUCAGCGCUCCUUUCCACCUGAUCGGCGCUUCUCCGGGGCCGUGAGGGCUCAGGGGAAGCGCCAGGAUCGGCGCUCCUUUCCACCUGAUCGGCGCUUCUCCGGGGCCGUGAGGGCUCAGGGGAAGCGCCAGGAUCAGCGCUCCUCUCCACCUGAUCGGCGCUUCUCCGGGGCCGUGAGGGCUCAGGGGAAGCGCCAGGAUCAGCGCUCCUUUCCACCUGAUCGGCGCUUCUCCGGGGCCGUGAGGGCUCAGGGGAAGCGCCAGGAUCAGCGCUCCUUUCCACCUGAUCGGCGCUUCUCCGGGGCCGUGAGGGCUCAGGGGAAGCGCCAGGAUCAGCGCUCCUUUCCACCUGAUCGGCGCUUCUCCGGGGCCGUGAGGGCUCAGGGGAAGCCCCAGAAUCAGCGCUCCUUUCCACCUGAUUGGCGCGUCUCCAGGGCCCGCACACUCACACACACACAAGCAGCAGUUACAGCUGAAGGCGUUUCAGCCUUCAACUAUAGCUCCCAUCCUCUGGCGCCUUGUUGGCUCAGGCCAGCCGUCCGUCAGAAUCUAUGUCCCAUGAUUGGCUGGCUCCUUCAACGCAUCUCUCCAUUGCAGAAAGGGUUUGGCUCUUCAUGCGAGCUUGCCCCCUCGCGGGGCUCCUGAUUGGCCCUGCGCCCAGGCGCCCCACCCCCUGGGAGAAGCGUGCCCAGCAAGGCUUUUCCGGGCUGGCCCUGUCCGAAGUGCACAUGGCCAGGGAGCCGCACGAGCAGCCCCGGUAUCCCCCCUGGGAGCGGCCCGCUGGAGCCUCCGCUGAGCAGGCCAGCCCUCCCGCAAGCCGCGGCCCCAAGCCGGCACUAUCAUAGGCCCCUGCAAUCCCCAGCCAGCGCUACUGUAGGCCCCGCUGGCCGGGAAGGCGAGCCGGAGUCUCGGCUACCGGUAAGAUGAUCAACCCGCUCCUCUCCCAUUGUCCGCUCUGCCCAGCUUGAGCCUGGCUGGAGCAAUGUUGGUACUUCCAAAGGUGGCCACUUCAAAGUCACACAGGCAGCCCUCGGCCGCUCCCCUCCCCUCCGUGCCUCCAAAUCGAUCCCCAAUCGGAGAGAGAGGGAGGGAGGGAAGAGAGGAGAGGAGAGGAGAAAGAGGGGGAGAAAGAGAGAGAGAAAGAGAGGAGA